UUGGUAAUAUAAAUCACUUUACCUGAUCAUCUUUAAUAUAUUUUUAGAUUGUAUUGUCAUCAGGAAUUUGUAAUUAGUACCUUAGCUAGUGAUGAUCACCUAAACUACUUUAUUUCCCUCUUCAAUAUGAAGGUUGUGGAAUUUGACCUAAGCAUCUACCCCUUUUGGUAUCUGAAAGCAGACCACUUCUUAGUUCAUAGACUUUCUUUCUUUUAGUCAUGAGAAUUACAUUUACACGGCGAAAAUUCAAGCUACACGAGAACAUUUGACAUUUCAGGGUACGAAGAUCGUCAAUUAAUCUGUUAGAUUUUCUAGUUUACGAUUUCUAAUUCUGGAAUAUGGAUAAUAUUUUAGGAAUAUAUUUCUAGGCCAGGCGCAUUUGCAUGAUUUAUAUGAUUUGUGGAUUUGCAGGUUAAGAAUGACUGCUGCUUCUGCUGCUGCUGCUAUACCCCCUCAAGAAAAGUAUGAUGUGUUUCUAAGUUUCAGAGGUGAGGACACCCGCAAUACUUUUACCAGCCAUCUUUAGGCUGCUUUAACGGGGAAGAAGAUCACCUACAUAGACGACAUACUUGAGCGAGGAAACGAAAUUUCACCUACCCUUCUCGAAGAUAUCAAAGCUUUCUGUUAUCAUUUUCUCGAAAAACUAUGCUUCUUCUACUUGGUAUCUGGAUGAACUUGCGCACAUACUUGGAUGGAAGGAAAGAAAUGGGCAGCUUGUUUUACCCAUUUUUUACGACAUUGAUCCAUCACAUGUAAGAAAGCAGCAGGGGAGUUAUGCAGAUGCAUUUGCUCAACUUGAAGAACGUUUCAAGGACAAUAUGGACAAGGUGCACAACUGGCGGGAUACUUUGACGAAAGCAGCCAAUCUAUCUGGGUUUGAUAAUUCAAACAGAUCCAGGACGGAUGCAGUUUUAAUUGACAUAAUUGUCAAGUAUGUUCUGAAACAAUUGAGUCGCAAUUCGUCAAGUGAUUUAAAGGGCCUAUUUGGAAUUGAAAGUCGCAUUCAGGUUGUUGAAUCGUUACUAUGCAUUGAUUCACCAAGUGUUUUGACGAUAGGUAUUUGGGGCAUGGGUGGUAUUGGCAAGACCACCCUUGCUGAUGCUGUAUUCUACCGACUCUCUUGUGAAUUUGAAGCAUCUUGUUUUCUUGCAAAUGUUAGCGAGGAAUAUGCAAAACAUGGACCAAAUCACGUGCGACAUAAACUUCUUCGUCAGCUUCUAAAGGAAAAGGAUCUAAGUGUCGACACUCCAUCUAUAGGGUCAACUUUUGUAAAAGAGAGGCUACACCGUACAAAGGUCUUCGUUGUUCUUGAUGCUGUGGAUAAAAUAGACCACAUAGAGCUUCUGGCUGGAGAUGAUGCUUGGUUUGGCCCUGGAAGCAGAAUCAUUAUCACGACUAGAGAUAAAAGUCUACUUGAGAAAAAGAAUAUUCAUGAUUCUAAGAUAUACAGGGUUCAAGGGUUACCUUCUGCUGAAGCUCUUAAGCUAUUUAAUUUGAAUGCUAUCGGAAAUAGCACUCCUCAAACAGAUUACGCAGAAUUGUCGGGAAAGGUGUUAGAUUAUGUCAAUGGUCUUCCUUUAGGUCUCAAAGUUUUGGGUUCCUUAUUUUUUCCCUGCAAGAGAAAAGAAGAAUGGGAAGAUGUAUGGAACAAAUUGAAGAAAUAUCCCGACAAAAAUAUUCAGAAUGUGUUGAGACUGAGUUACAAUGGAUUGGACGACAAUGAAAAGGAGAUAUUUCUUGAUAUAGCAUGUUUUCAUAGAGGCAUGGUAGUGGACUAUGUAAAAAGAAGGUUACAGAUUCGUGGUUUCUAUCUGACUGGAAUUGAAGCUCUCAUCGCUAAGUCUCUCAUAUCAAUUUCAAAAUGGGGAUGCAUAGAGAUGCAUGAUAUGAUACAAGAGAUGGGUCAGCAAAUUGUACGUGAACAAUGUUGUGAUGACCCUGGAAAACGCAAUAGGUUGUUCGAUGCUGAGGAUAUCCAUCGGGUUUUGGAAAAUAAUGCAGGAAGUGCAACAGUUCAGUCGAUAGUCCUCAACGGGUCUAACAAUAGAAACCUACGCUUGAGUCCUGAAUCCUUCAAAAAGAUGUAUAAUCUGAACUCGUUGGAGAUUACUACUCCUUUGUACAUUUCUCAAGAUCUUGAGUCUCUCCCCACUGCUCUUAGAUCUCUUUACGGGGAGAGAUACCAUUUGAAAUCGUUGCCAACAAAGUUUUCUCUACAAAAUCUAGCUAAUGUGGAACGAAGGCCAGAAUCUUGGGAACUGAAAAGUGAUCGAUCUUCAUUGCUCGAGACGUCUGACUAAACUUCCAAAUCUCUCUCAAAGUUGAAGCAUUGAGCAUGUAGAUCUUUUUGCCUGUACAAAUUUGGUUCAACUUCCUUUGUAUAUUUAAUAUCUUGACAAGCUUAAACAUCUGAAUCUGGGAUUCUGCUUGAAGCUCAAAAACCUUCCGGAGAUGCCAUACGGUAUUGAAUCCAUAGAUAUAAUCCAGACCGCAAUAACGGGAUUGCCUUCAUCA